AUGGACUUUGAUUAUGACAGCAACCACUUUUCCAAUGAUAUUGAACUAAAGGAUGCUAAAGAUGAAGACCAUGCAAAUGCUGUCGAGGACUUGGAAUUCAAUGGAAAUGGUACCAACUGCUUUACGGUCGAGCCACACACAAACAUCAACUUCAAUUCUGUCGAAUGGGGGUACUUGCAAAUUGCUCAGCAGUCACUUCACCAUCUGGCUUCUCAAAACACUGGACUUGAAAUUUCGCCUUCUAUAUCAAACCAUACAUUACAGCUGAUGAAACCAGCUUUUUCAGCAGAAUAUGACACUGAUAAUACCGACCUUCUUGGCAUACUUGACAGUCAGAAUCCUAGCAAUUUUAAUCUCCUGGAAAACCAAAAUUGUGUCUCAAGUGACAGUCUUUUAAACACAUCAACCAGCACGUAUAAAGCUAAUCAUGAAUUCACGUUUGAACACCACUUGGACUCGACCUACUGGGAGUGUUUGUUGGAGAAGGAAAAUAUGCUUCACGAUGGCGAUGAUAUAUUAAACGUAAACACGUCGGGUAAAGCAUAUGUUGAGGACAAUGACGGAAACAGCAAAGCUAAGAACCUGAAAGAUGGCGACAUACAAUCUGCUGUUUGUUCCACAUCUACUAUCGAAGAUGAGGACUUGAUAGAUAAUUCCUUCCAUUAUAACCAAGACGACAGCAUCAUGCAAUGUAACUCCAAUGAUGAGGCAGGAGACCUCUGUCCCGAAGAAGAAUGUGUGUGGGAUGAACGACUAUCGUAUGAAGGUCAAGCCCAUACCGAGAGGGGAGCCAAUUUUUUUAGUGAUCCAAUAGCUCUACAGCUUCUGGUAGCUCUGCCACGAAGGACUCGGGCAAUAGUUCAGCCGAGGACAAGUGGCGAAAAGUAUAUAACGACCCUGAUUUACGAAUGGCCUGACGAUGAAACAACUGGAUCUACACAGUUUUACAACAAAAUGAAGAUACGAUUGUCGACCUUGGAGCCGAAAUGUGUUAGUGAUGCAGUGUUGAAGACAGUACGAGCAGAAUUUGUAAUUCAAGACUUGUUUUUGAAUGGGCAGUCUCCUCCAAGUCCAGAAAUUCCAGAACUGAUAAAAAAGCGAUCUGAUAAAGAUGUUGAAUGGACGCCGUUGUCAGUUUACAAGGCAUAUACUAAUAUCAAGUCGCCAACCAAUGGUAAAGAGUCUUAUAAUAGGUUGGUUCCUUAUUCCUCCUGUAUAGGCACCUUGAACUACAGGCCGAAGGACCACGCUGCUUGGAAAAGGGCUCCCAACAGGCGUCAAUAA